GCUUCGAAGGUCAAACUGCCCGAGGCCAACAGCGACCGAAAUUGAGAGUGAGGACUAUAAAGGGAUGGGGGGAGUGGCAGUGGGCACUGUGUUCUCAGGGUGUACGUGCUGCGGAUACGAGCUUGGGGUCAUCCUUCGGAAGGGAUCCCAAAUUGCCCAAUGGUAAUGGAGUCGGAAGGGCAAAGGACGGCUUCGAGUCCCGCGUCCAUGCUCUCGGCCCUUAUGGGCAAGAAAGAGAAACUUCAAGAAGAGCUCCGCAACAUCGAGAAGCAGGUCUAUGACUUGGAGACUAGCUAUUUACAAGAUUCAAAUCAGUGCGGAAAUGUGCUGAAAGGUUUUGAAGGAUUUCUAUCAUCAUCAAAGAGCGCCAUUAACUUAAAACGCUCAAGGAAGUUUCAGCCAGAUGAUAGGAUAUUCUCCUCAUCGUCAGUUACUUCACCUGCUGUUGAAGAACAUAUAGUUGGACGUGAUGAUGGAAGGGCUGAUUAUGGUGCAGGCCGAUUAAAGGGCGGGUACACUCCUGCUAAUGGACAAGGAAAACCGAAGAAGGGAGGAAGAAUUGCACUGAGAGAAGGAAAGAGAAUCCGGCCAUCAAAUGAAGAUAUUGAGGAUGAAGAUGAUCCUGAUGUAAGAUAACUUUGACCCAUGCUGAGCGGAAUGGACUAGCAGAAGGCUUGAUGUGAUCUCAGCUUUUUUUUGAAAAAAAAUUCAUAGAAGUCUCCUAAUUUUAUAAUGUAUGCUCAUACUAACUUUCAUCGAAUUUAGAAAACCUGACCUUUUGAUCAUGCUAUCUUUAUACCUCUGCUGAUCAUCAUUUAACUAGGGCAUUACGGCUUCCUUGUCGCUGUAUCUGAGUAAACUUCAUGGACACCUUUUAGUAGCCUGAUGGUAAAAAGGAAGGAUUUGCGACUUUGUAGUUUCCUUUGGGACAGACAUAUUCAUGUAUGGAUAUUUUUUAUUGGAAGGUAAAUUUGGAGAUAUGAGCUGAUAUGGCGUCCAGC